AGCAAAGGCAUUUGUAUUUUUUUUAAUAUUUGUUGAAGUAAUGAUCAGCUAUAUUUACCCACACCACGUUAUUCUGAGAUAUGUGACAUGCAAAAGAUCACAAGUGAAGAUGAUGCAUGGGUACUCAAAAGGACGGGAAAUUUCGUAUAUUUAUGACAACAUCUAAGGCAGGCCACGUGGUUUUGCUUCAGACUAGGCUAUUCGACUGCAGCUGUAGACAAAAGGAUUACUACGAGAACGAGAAAACAAUUAAAACAUCAGAUCUGGUUAGACACCACAGGUGGGAAUAAAGUUCAAAACAACUAAUGAAUUGUCGUUUUGUUUAAGUGUAGAGACCUUCAAAGCUUCAGGACAAAACUUUGAUCGUCGAAGAAGAGCAUGAAACCUUGGUUUGGGGCAUGUGAUUUACUUCGCAAGGAAAACAACACUUGUGGAAACACGUGUCUUAAGCGAUCUCUAAUUACCACGCGCGGUACUUAGCGUCACAUCAAACGACUUAACUCGCAUGCCGACAAUCGUGUGUGCCGAUGAUCGUUGGUCGAGAGGUCCAGCAUAAAUAAUUCAUCCGAAAUAAUUAACGCCUAUUGUUUACAUGCUUCAUUGUUAUGAAAAUGCAAUAUUGGCAUUGGCCUAUUAUACGUCGACAGGACAUCAGAGCAAUAAUCACGUUCGAUACAAUACGAUCCUGGGUUGCUACCCUAGCGUGGACAUCCUUCACCUCGGCUUGAGUCGCGAGAAAAGGGACGAGAAAGCUGUCAGAGAAGGCAAAUCUCUUCUUCUUUGACAAUCCACAGAGACGGUGCUAAUUCAAACAGUAAAAACACAAAGAACAAACAGUUAAAAACUUGACGAAGCGGAACAUUGCCGCUCGAAGAUACGAACGCUGCAGAUUUUGAAGGCACGGGAAACCACAGAUCCCAAACAACAGCAACCAAGAUCAAUCCACUCUUGUUUGUUGCUUCAAUCUGAUCAGUACAAACGCUGAGAGAAGAGAGAUAGAGAAUCGCUAAAACGGAACAUUGAGGCUGCAAUUACGCUCACCACGCUGUUGCAAGUGGGCCGUAAGACUCGCAAAAUAAGAAACACAAAACAAUAAGAAUACCGAAGAGUAAAGAAUAGGCACACGACAAGUCAAAGCGAGAUUUUGAUACAUGAAAACAAACAAGUUAUUUGGAUUGACGCGGGAAACUGACGAGUGGAGUUUGUCAUCUUAACUACCACAGGAGUCGAGUCGUCUGACCGAGAGAAAUCUAUUUGAAUUACCCAACGUAUUAAAAUAAAAUUAAUCAAAGCCCAAACACGAAGCUGUGAUCUGCUGAAGCAGAACUGACACGGAGUCGCCAUAAAUCCAGGGGGCCUGAUCGACACAAAAGAAAGAAGGAAGCUGCUGCUAAAGUCUCGCUCGACGAUACUGUUCGUUUCUCGUUGAAAGUCAUACGAAGAAGCAUGGGGAAGCAAGAGGAAGGGCAUAUCAAACGACCUAUGAACGCGUUUAUGGUCUGGUCUCGAGGAAAGAGGAAACAAAUAGCCCAGGUGAAUCCGAAGAUGCACAACUCUGACAUUAGUAAGAAACUUGGCGAACAAUGGAAGACAUUAACUCCUGAAGAAAAGGAGCCCUUCAUUGCCGAGGCUAAACGCCUACAGGCCGUACACAUUCAGGAACACCCCGACUACAAAUACAAGCCGAAGCGUCGGAAGCCAAGGACGUUGAAGAAAGAACCACAAGGUAUCUCAAUGUACAGCCCGUAUGGAACAACAUCACUGAUGACGGUUCAAGACAAAUACCAGGCGACCUCACUGACACCGUCCUUACCACAAGGUCCUACUCUCCCGCCUUCAUAUUCGGCUGACACCCUGGCAAUGUACACGAAGCUCUCGGCGACGGGUUCCUACCAUCCGGACUUUCAUGCCACUUCAUACGCUCCUCUACUAUACCAAAGCCAAACGACCAACCCCAACGCAAAUCCCACAAUGAAUGGCCGCCCCAUGUACACGAACGGCAUGGAAUACUAUCAAGGAAAUGGACAUAUUGUGAACAAGCCCAUUCACAAUGCGAAUCCUUAUGUGACGACCAUGCCUAACCAUAUCACGUCUGCUCAGAGGAUGGCCGCAUCACCGGUAGAUGAGUCACGGCCCACGAUGGUAAACUCACCGCCGGUAGUUUCAUCUCCCGGCAUACACGCGUCCUCUCCUAACCUCCACACAUCCGAACGUGUCAGCCCCUCAGUCUCGCAUAUCAAGUCCAUGGCGGAAUCGCUAGGACAACAACGUGUCUGGCAAGCGCAUAAUGCUGCCAGCAGCAAAGACAUCGCCAGCCUACGCGCCGGCCUUGUUCUAAAUAGCUAUUAAUUAAUCAAAGUAAAAUGUGCAGCUAACUUUGUUAGUGGACAAACAAUGUCGCGAAGACAAUCGCAACGUAUCACACACGCACUUCAUCUAUAUCUUUUAACUCAAACUUGACUUGUAUUAAUGUAAAUAGAAGUGUGAGGUAUUUCAACAAGUAUUUAACUGUUCCUUAA